AUGAAGAUCACAAUCGGUGGGUUGGUAAACUUGUUGUUUUGCUUUACGAUAAUAGGGGGAGCCUUGGCUGAUCAACACUUUGUUACAAAUGAUGACGCAGAGAAUAUAAUCAAAGCGAGCGAUUCACGUCAUACCAAUAACUGGGCAGUUUUGGUCUCGACAUCACGAUUUUGGUUCAACUACAGACAUAUGGCCAACGUGUUAAGUAUGUAUAGAACCGUCAAGAGGCUUGGUAUCCCAGAUUCCCAAAUUAUUUUAAUGUUAUCUGAUGAUAUUGCAUGUAAUCCACGUAACGCAUUCCCUGGAACGGUUUUCAACAAUCAAGAUCAAGGUUUUGAUUUGUACGGCAAUCUGAUAGAAGUUGACUACAGAGGAUAUGAAGUUACAGUAGAAAAUUUUGUGCGGUUGUUGACUGAUAGGUGGGAUGAAAACCAUCCUAGAUCUAAACGUUUGCUUACAGAUGAAAACUCUAACAUAUUUAUUUAUUUGACUGGUCACGGCGGUAAUGAAUUCUUGAAAUUCCAAGAUGCAGAAGAAAUUGGCUCGUAUGAUAUAGCAGAUGCUUUUGAACAAAUGCAUGAGAAGAAAAGAUACAACGAAAUAUUCUUCAUGAUUGAUACAUGUCAAGCAAAUUCGAUGUAUGAAAGGUUCUAUUCACCUAAUAUCUUGGCCGUUGGCUCCUCAAAGGUUGACGAGUCAUCGUAUUCUCACCAUUCCGAUCUUGAUAUCGGGGUGGCAGUCAUCGAUAGGUUCACGUAUUACACGUUGGAUUUCCUCGAAAAAAUAGACAAAAACUCCACGGCCACUAUGGAUAAAUUGUUCGAUGAAUAUACCUUUGAAAACAUACACUCCACCCCUGGAAUAAGAACCGACCUAUUCAAGAGAGACGUCAAUGAUGUACUUUUAACAGACUUUUUCGGAAAUGUCCAAAAUGUGGUGGUCGAUGAAGUCGAAGAUGACAUAUUAUACACUGUAAACUACGACGAAAAUGGCAACUUUCUUUCUAGAGAUAAUAAGAACAAGUCCAAUAUACUGCACAAGGUAAAGAAGGUUGAUUUUAGUUAUGAUGAAGAAUCAAAAACUCUUGGUAAAAACUCCAAGACUAAGAUUCAAGCAUUAGGUCUCUUGACAUUGGUUGUGUUAAUUGGCUUUUGGCUCGUAGCGCCAAAUAGUUAG